AUCACGUGUUUGUUUCUUUGUAUUGAGCAACUGAAGCACGUCUCGACUGUCUCAACUCAUACUGAUGGCACAAAGGUUUUAACAAGCAACUUGACUUGUGGGGACAAAGUCUGUGCAGUAAUUGGUAAAGUCGAUGGUUAUUGCAUAGAUACAAGUAUUGACGACAAGAUAUAUCAUGUAGCAGACAACUUGUACAUUUCUUCACAAGAUGGAGCUUGUAAUCUUGAACAUUUAAGGCUGCACAAAAUUACUCAUAUUGUUAAUGUUGCCACAGGAAUUGUAAAUCAAUUUCCAAAUGAGUUUCAGUACAAAACAGUAGAAAUUUUGGAUUUACCUGACACAAGAAUAGAUCAGCAUUUUGCUGAGCUGUCCUCAUUCAUUGAAAAGGGACUGGAGGAUGGAAAGGUUUUGGUUCAUUGCAAUGCAGGGGUGUCCAGGUCUUCGACUGUUGUCAUUGCUUACCUUAUGAAAUCUAAGAAUAUUGGGUUAGAUGAUGCAUUUCAUUUGGUAAAGAAAGCACGACCAACAGUAAAACCUAAUGAAGGUUUUUGGAGGCAGCUGAAGGAAUAUGAUUUAUUAUUAAGACAAUCAAACAAUCCAAGUGAUGGAAGAACCAACAAAUAAUGGUAAAGCAUUCUUGUAUAAUGGUUGAAUAUGCACAUGAGCCAAGUGAAAGGACCAAAAUCA